AUGCAAGUCUCCAAUGAACAAGCAUCUUAUGUGUGUAGAUCCUGUAAGAUUCGGAAGCGGAAGUGCAAUAAGGCUCUUCCGACUUGUUCAUCGUGCGCGAAGAAGAACAUCCCAUGCGAGUACAUCCAGCCAGAGCCAAGUGGCAGUUCUAUAUCGGCCUCCGCAAGCGAUCCGUGGUGGCUCGGCUCUCGCGAGCACAACCAGCCGGGUAUCCAUUCCAUCGACUUUCCAACCCUGGCAUUUCUAGACCCUGGUUUUCUGCGACAUGGCCAGGUGGAGUUUGAGCGAGCUGCAUCGCCAGUUCCGGCACAUAUUAUGCACCUGCUAGGCGAUAUGGACGAGAUGCAUGACACUGCCGCCAGGUUCUUCAAACACAUCCACCGGUGGAUGCCUUUCAUUUCCAAGAAACGAUUCUACGAGCUCCACUUGCAGCCGGCCUUUUCGACUCAGCCUAGUGUCGUCCUGUUGCUUCUGUCGCUCAAGCUCAUUACCACGAUUCUGCCCGCCAGGUCGGGUCCUCGCAGUGCGUUGUAUCAUGCGGUGAAAUAUUUCUAUCUCGAGGUCGAAGGCUCCAGUGGCAUUUCGAUUCUCGUGCCCCAGGCCGGGAUCCUUAUAGCGUUGUACGAGCUCGGGCAUGGUAUCUAUCCGGCUGCUUUCUUGUCGAUUGGCGCGUGUGCUCGUUAUGCGCAUGCUCUUGGGGUCGGUGUCAAUCGGACGGUGUAUACAACAAAGGUUCUCACGCUGGUGGAAGCUGAGGAGCGCAGGAGACUGUGGUGGGCGAUAGUCAUCUUGGACCGUUUCGUGAGUAUUGGCUGUCCCGGUAGGCCCUUCGCGACGGCAGAUCCACAACUAGAUGACCUUCUGCCGGCAGACGACAGCGCAUGGGACCAGGGAAUUGUCCGACCUGAUGAAUUCUUUGCCCUCUCGUCCCCGUUAGCCGGGCACAUGAGUAAAUUCGCUUUGCUCUGUCAAGCCGCGCGAUUGCUAGGCCAAGUCCUCCACGACGUGUCCAGCGAGUCGACGACGGACGACGGGGUCUGGAUGCAAUUAGAUCGGACCUUGCAGUCGAUGCUAGCAGCAGCGCUUAAUCUAGACAGCCCGGACCAUGAUCAGAUUGCUUUUGUGUAUAGUGCUCUUGUCGCUUUGCAUACGACCCGGCUUCCCUCCGAGAGAGCCAUCACACAGGACACAGAUCGUACUCGGUGUGCGAGAGCCGUCAUUCAACAAAUCACCGACCGGAUCAGCGCUAACCUCGUGGAGCGCCAAUGCUUCGCGGGUCGCGACCCGGAGGAUAUGUCGCCAUGGGGUCUCUUUUUCGCCUAUCGGGUUUGUGUCUCCCAUACGCAUUGUCCGCAAGAGACAGCAAGCUCACAGGAGGUGGUAAGGAGUAUCAAGGAGGCGUUUCUGGCCAUUAAUACUCGGUGGAAUGUCGCAGGUGUUUAUCUUCAACUUCUGGAGGCACAGGAGGUUGUUACUCGCUUUUGA